AUCAUUUACUCCUUGGCCAUAAAUGAACCGCUAUUCCUAACCUUAACUCCUCUUUCCUCUCCAUCCGCAUUCCUCCUCUCUUCCCCGACGACAAUGCGAAACCCAUCUCAUGCUUCCUCUUCACUGUUCAACAGCAAAGCCCUUCUGUGAGUUUCAUUGCAGAUGAAUUAGCCGGUAACUAUGACGACAGAGAAGAAGGGAGAUUGGAUAUUGAUGCGGCGGUAUGAGAUGGGGAGGCUGCUCGGGCAGGGAACCUUUGCGAAGGUGUACUUUGCACGGAGCCUGACGACGGGGCAGAGCGUUGCUAUUAAGGUAAUUGAAAAGGAGAAGGUAUUGAGGGUGGGGAUGAUUGAGCAGAUUAAGAGGGAAAUCUCGGUUAUGAGACUGGUGCGACACCCCAAUGUUGUGCAGCUCUACGAGGUGAUGGCGAGUAAGACCAAAAUUUAUUUUGCCAUGGAGUAUGUUCGUGGGGGCGAGCUCUUCAACAAGAUCGCCCGCGGCCGGCUCAAGGAGGACGCAGCUCGACGCUACUUUCAGCAAAUAAUCAGCGCCGUCGACUUCUGCCACAGCCGCGGCGUCUACCACCGCGACCUAAAACCCGAAAACCUUCUCCUUGAUGAAAAUGGCGACCUCAAAAUCACCGACUUCGGCCUCAGCGCCCUCGUCGACAAUCGCCGUCAGGACGGCCUACUCCACACCACCUGCGGCACCCCCGCCUACGUCGCCCCGGAAGUCAUCAACAAACGCGGCUACGAUGGCCCCAAAGCCGACAUCUGGUCGUGCGGCAUUAUUCUCUUCGUCCUCCUCGCCGGAUUCCUCCCUUUCCACGACUCCAAUCUCAUGGUAAUGUACCGCAAAAUGUCAAAAGCCGACUUCCGAUGCCCUAAUUGGUUCCCUCCCGAUGCCCGCAAGCUAAUUGUCCGCCUCCUUGAUCCUAACCCUAAUACCCGCAUCACAAUCCCUAAACUCGUCGAAUCCCCCUGGUUUAAGAAGGGGCUUAAGCCGGUCGAAGCGAACGACGACCCGGCGGGUGUCGUGGACGCGGCUUUCUCGAUGAAACCAACCAGUCUAAAUGCAUUUGAUAUCAUAUCGUUGUCAAAGGGGUUUGAUUUGUCGGGGUUGUUUGAAGGGUGUGGGAAGAGGGGAAUUGCGGCGGAGGCGAGGUUUACGACUCAGAAGCCGGCGGCUGCGAUUGUGUCAAGGUUGGAGGAGAUUGCGCAGACGGGGAGUUUUAGGGUGAGUAAGAAGGAUGGGAAGGUGAAAUUAGAAGGGAGAAAGGAAGGGAGGAAGGGACUGUUGGCGAUUGAUGCGGAGAUAUUUGAGGUGACCCCGUCUUUUCAUUUUGUUGAGGUGAAGAAGUCCGCAGGGGAUACGCUUGAGUUCCAGCAGUUCUGUGAUAAGGGGUUGAAGCCGUCGUUGCAGGACAUUGUUUGGGCUUGGCAGCAAGGUGGGGAUGUGGAGCAGCAGAACUUCGCCGGCGCCUCUGCGAGCAGCCCGCCUAUCGCUGCUAACUCACGAUGAGCUUGAGGAGACCAAGUUCUUCAUGGACGGAUGUUUCUAUCUGCUGUUUGAUGGACCAUAUUACUUUUUUUUUUUUAAUUGUCAAUUAGCAGUCCAUGAAUAAUAAUGGGCAGUGAGAAAGGACUUCUAUCGGAUCUUUGUGAUAAAACUUGUGUCAAAUGUGUAUCAACACGACCUGAAUGAUAUCCUAUGCUUAUUAUAUUGUUAUUAUUAUUAUUAUUAUUA